CUGUACCUUGGCGUCGGUGUCGCGCGCGGAUCAUUUUUUUGCUAUUCGUUACUCAGUUUUUGCUGCAAUCGAAAGAAUAAACAAACGAAACUCGUGAAAUAAUCGAAUCCAAUAAGUGUAGUGGAUAGUAAUUAAAAGAGCGCGACAUUACAGUUGUCAUUAUACAGCAAUUAAUUUAAUUAAAAUGUUUCAAUUGGCUAACGAAUUUUGAAGAGCUGGUCGAAGUCCAUAGACAGCCGGAGUUGGCUGCCAUGAUGCGAUACUCGGAAAUCUCACGUGACCUGUCCACGGAUAAUCUGCGCUACUCAGAGUUAAGCAGAAAACCCACAACGGACUAUAAUGGAUAUACGGGUCAGGCCUAUGCCACGACUCAAUUCAAGCAGAGUUCACCGCCGCCUCCUCCGCAGCAGCAGCAACAGCAGCCCACUCGCCUGGCCAAACAACGAAGUCCGAAUACCAAUGGUAAUGCCCAUACCAUGGCAUGUUUGCGCCAAGAGAAGACUCAAAAAGAGCACCAAAUGGAACCGCCCAAUAUGCAACCGCAGGCCAGCAAAACCCUGAAUAUCAAGAGUACGCGGCGCAAGAACUCCAUUGGUUGUUUAAACAGUUUCUCCUCCUCGCCAGAUUCGCCUGGUUGCUACUACACUAUAGCAGCUUCGGCAGCACCGCCGUCCAAGUCGCAAAGUCUACCGGCCCACGCCUCCAUCAAGCAGUUGGAUGCGGUUAUAUUGAGCGCUUUACGUGUACCCGCCGAUGUGUUGGCCAAUCAGAUAACACUACUGGACUUUCCAGUCUUUGCCCAAAUACAGCCGGAUGAGCUGAGCAGCUGUGCCUGGACGAAAAAGGAUAAGCAUGUCAACACUCCGAAUAUUGUGGCAUUUACGAAACGAUUUAACCACACGAGCUUUUGGACAGUGCAGGAGAUACUGAAUGCCGAGCAGCCAAAGCAGAGAGCUGAGAUUAUGACUCACUUUAUAAAGGUGGCGAAAAAACUCCAUGAGCUCAACAAUCUGCACUCGCUGUUUGCCAUCAUUUCGGCCAUGCAAAGCGCCAGCAUUUAUCGGCUGUCAAAGACCUGGGCUUGCCUAUCGAAAAAGGAUCGUCACUCCUUUGAGCGACUCAGCGAUAUAUUCAGCGAUCAGGAUAACUGGGCGAAUCUGCGAUCCUAUCUCGAAAGCCUCCGCCUGCCCUGCAUUCCUUAUUUGGGUCUCUUUCUCACCGAUCUGAUCUACAUCGACUUGGCGCAUCCGCACAAAGGUGGAUUGGAGCCGGAGCAGCGUAGGAACAAAAUGAACAACAUACUCCGUGUUAUUUCAAACUAUCAGCAAUCGGACUAUAAGCAUUUGCAGAAGCAUGAGGCAACACAAAAGUAUCUGACGUCGAUAAGAUACAUAGAGGAGUUGCAGAAUAUUUUUGAGGAGGAUCAAUAUAAGCGCUCUUUAAACCUGGAACCUGCGUCUCCUUCUGGCCCCAGUUCUUCAUCCUGCAGUUCGAAGGAAUCAUUCAAUGUGGAAGCUGUAACUCCGGCCCUGGGUUGCCUGAAUCUUUCGCCCGCCAAAACUAUUGGUUCUAUGCGAAUGGCCAGCGGCACCAAGUUCGUGCCGGGUCAUCGCAAGUGUCGCAGUCUGGGCACCAAAUUUCGCAGCAGCAGCCUGCCGCGAAACUUUGCCCAGAAGUGCCAGUGUUGCAUCGUGAUGAUUGCUCCGGGCAUUGGCACCAUCUCCAACAAGCGUUGCAGAUGCCGUCGCAUUUUUGGCAAGAUUGCGCCGCAUAACCACGGCGAUGGACAUCCUCACCACCUGCACUUGGAACUGGAUCCCAAUCAAGUGCAACCUCGUCAUCAUCUGCUGGACGAUUCGGUUCUGGAGCACAGUGACGCCUUAUCCCAAGCGGAUCUGACAUCCCUUGAGAGUGCCGAUGGAAUUAUGUGUGAUUUCAGCGGAAGCGAUUGCGAUUUGAUGUCUCCAGAGGCAGCUGCCGCCAUGCAGGGAUGUGUCCGGCGAAAAACAGUUCAGAAGGAGGGCAGAAAGCCAGCGGUGGCCUCUUGGCAGCGAUACUGGCUGCAGAUUUGGGCCAACUCGUUGGUUUAUUUCCCACCAAAGUCGUUUAAGGGCAGCGAACGGAAUGACUUCAAAAGGGAACCGUGCAAAGUGUGUCCCUUGGACGGAUGGUAUGCUCAUGUCAGCGAUAAUACCAAGCACAAGAACACCUUUGAGCUGUGCCACCGAACCUUGGGCACUGUCUAUCGCUUCCGGACGGACAGUCCACAGAUGACGCACCUCUGGUCGAAUGCCAUUUGUAAACUGGCUACCAUGCGAGUGCCCAAACCUCUGCCCACCAAUCUGAUGUCCUUCGAAUGAGCUGGGCCCCUCCCUAAGAUACACACACAGGAACUCGAAUAUAUUGUACUCAUCGUAGCCUAGUACACCUUAGUUAGUUUAGCUUUAUCCCAUGGAACGUGCACAGCCAAAAAAAGAAAGAAAGAAAAACACCCACCCACCAAAAAACCCAACUCACUCACUCCCUGAAACGAGGCAACCACAGAACAUUCCCAAUACAACCACAACGAACGAACAAAUUGCAGCCUGCAUCUAGAUGAAUCGAUUUCAAAAUGGUAUUUCAAAAGACUGACACCGAAAAGAGAACACGAAGUUGAAGUAGAGGAGAAGCAGUACCAGGAAAGUAGCCACACACAAUCACAACAACAGAACAGACUAAACCGCGACAACGCAUGGGAAUUAGAAUCCCAAAUAUGUAACGGCCCUGUUCUCAAAGUCCAAUUUGUCUGAAAAGGAAUUGAUCAAAAUGGGAACGUCAUAGAAUAAACAUGUCUUUUAAAUGGGGUUAGGUUAGAAACCUAAAUUCCGAAUUCAGUAAAUUUGGCAACAGGGCUGUCUAAAUGUUAAUGUGCUGUCUUUGCUAUAUGUUUUGUAUAUGUAAAAUGUAAUAUUAAGUAAAUUACUUUGACGUUUACUCAACUUUAUUUUGCGCUAUUUUGUGCCAUAUUAGUUCUAAAUUUGUGUUCACACAACGAUUGUUGGUCAGGGCAAACGAAUUUGAAUUCAAUUUGCUAAAAAAAACUCCUAUAACUUUGUAACAAAGAAUCAAAAAAAAAAAACAAAACAAAAUGAACUUUCUACGCGUAACUAAGGGCUUUAAUACUGUAUCGCUAUCACUACUAUUCAUGAUCAUGAUCAACAUCAGUUAAUCUGUAUAUCUGCCUUAAGUUGAUGCACUUAGAUAUAAAUAUAGAGCUAUAAAAUACAUACGUUAUCCGAUAAAUUGUAUGCGUGAAUUGUAGGAAACGAAAGUAAUGUUAGUGUUUCUGUUUUUUCUUCUUCUGUUGAGACGGCCUCGUGAAUUGUAACUCCUAAGCUUUGUCACACAUACAGAUUAUCAUUUGCAGAGUUUUUACAUUAGUUUAAGUGAAAGAAAGAAAGAAAUGCAACAAAAACAAAAUAAACCACAAAAACGAAAGAAA